AUGGAGAACUCAUCGACCCCUCUCGCCGAAUAUUUCUGGAUCGCCGGCGUAGAGUCGGUGUCCUACCACGAUCCCAACUCCCAGCCUGCACCCGCCUCUAUUCCUGUCGAGUCCACGAUUGUCGAGGACGGCGAAUCUGACGACGAAUACACAAAUGGCGACCAAGCAAAGACAAAGGCGCGGCACUCACGCCAGGGCUCAGCCAGCCGCACGUCUAGGAUAUCUCUCACCGACCGCUUCUCUAUACAGGCUCUUGACGAAACAGAUGGCAACACCAAGAGCAACCGCAGUAGCGCCACUAUUCGUGCUGUGAACCCUCCCAACUUUGGCAACACCAAUGGAACUGGCAACAUCAACACCAAUGGCACAGGCCAAAGCCCUGGCCCCAGCAGUAUUCUUGGCGAGGGCUCCAUGUUUAUGGAUAACUUUGAUUUCGACAAAGCUUUGGUCAAGUUCGCAGCUGAGCGAGAGGUCUUUCUUGAGGACCUGAGCUUCAGUGCGGGCGCCAAAGUACAAGCCAGGGUACCAAUGGUGAACCCUCGGGCAGAGAGGAUCAAGGCAGAGGAAAGCGACAGCGGCAGACUGAGUCCUCUCAGGAGCAUUAAGGGUAGCAUCCGCCGCAAGAUGAGCUUUAGGGAUAUGAACAGCGUGCGCAAGCAACCCAGCAACAGGAUCAGUACGAGCCGCGCACCCUCAAUCCGAACUACCAGACGACUUAGCAACUAUAACUCCGUAAUACCACCUCCCGAACCUCUCAACACCGAUCCCGACAUGCACCCCCUCAAACGACGAUUCGAACCGGUUCUCCUUGAUCGAUAUCCUCCUCAGGAGGCUGGAGAUGAAAUUUCACGACGUGGAAGGUUUCCCGACUACGUUCCCAUGUUUGCUUUCCCCAAUGACAUCCAGAUUGUGUCAUCCGAUGACCGACCGCGAUCGACAUGGCAUGGCUUCACUAUGACUUCAGACGACAACUCAAAGCUGUACGGCAUUACCAUUAUCAUCUGGACUGCUCUCAAUGCCGAGGUAGCUGAAGACGUGGAGAAGAAGUGCGAACAGUGGCGCCAGAGCCACAUGUCAGAAGAAGAGCGAGAGUUGGCAGCUAGCUUGGGAGUUCGUUUGGCUGGUGAACGAACUCACCUCUCACAACUUCUUGCGAAACUACCCACGAUCCCAUCAGGUUCUCCAGCUCGUGAGAGGCUCGAAGACGAGAUCAGUACAGUGGAAGAAAAGAUUACGCUCAUGACAGAUAUGCUUAGGCCCCUGAGGCACGGCGCUGCGUCUAAAAUCGAAGGCCUUACUGCUGGCGAGAGUGGACUUUGGACGCCUCGUGCGUACGGCAUACUGGGCCGAGAUAUAGGCAAUAUGUCCUUCUGGAAAGAGUGGCUCAAGGCUAUUGUUACACCCAUGACGGAUGGCGGUGUUCUGAGAAUCCCCCCUAGCUCACCCAGGGUUGGCCGCUGGCAACCCUUGGAACGAUAUGUCGUCAACUUAUGUACAGAAGCGUUCAACCCCCUUGGUUCCAAAACUCAAGUUGAAUUAGGGGUGCGAGAAUUGCGACUCUACGCUCGGAAGGAGGCAGAUAAUGAGAUUCCCGGCUCGCGAUCCAUUGACCUCUAUGCCCUAUUUCGCUGCCUAUCGCUCGAGAACAUCGUCGCUCUGUUCGAAUAUGCCAUGUCCGAAUCUCGGAUUAUCUUUCUCUCCUCCCACACUAGCAUGCUGCACCUUGCUUGUCAUGCGCUGGCAAACCUACUCUAUCCCCUAAAGUGGGCUAGUAUCUUCAUUCCUAUACUUCCAGCACGACUCUUGUCAGCUCUGGAAGCGCCUUGUCCAUACAUUGUGGGCAUUGAGCGACGCUAUGAUAAUAUCGAGCUCCCUGAAGACGAUUAUGUACUAGUUGACUUAGACAAGGAUACCAUCGAUGCUACUGCACAACCUGUCCGGCUUCCUCGUCAGGCACGUAGGAAGCUUAUGUCUCUGUUACAAGUCGCAGCCCCGCACAAGCUUCGAUUUGGAGUUGCAACAGGCCCUCCUCCUUAUGCUAUGGAAUCGUUCCCCUACGACGCCUUCUCGACCGAAAAUGGCUCACUGUUCAGAACAUCAACCUCCAAGAGUACUCUCGGCAAGUGGGUGUCGCAAAGCUCCUCAGGAUUUGGAGAGCCCAACCCGCCAACCGAAAUCCUGCCGCCACUUUUCAACGCCUUUGCCUCGGCAAAUGUCGAGAAUGGCAAAUCAGAUAGGCCCAGUACAAGCAGGUCGGGAAAGACUAGUCCUCAAUCGUCUGUGUCCCCUGUUUCUGUGAACUUCCCUCCUCUGCCUUCUACACCAGUUUCUCGUAGUGAUUCGGGCUUCGCCCUAGCAGCUACUCUUCGAGAGAAGCGUUCGGGGCAUUUCGGCGAGGAAAAGAUGCGACGCAGCUCCUCGUUCGGCAUCGACAAGCAACCUCCGUAUCACAAACCGAACCUCCCCUUCCUCAAUGGCCACCAGGCCAACUUAUCCAUUUCAGCAAUAUCGGUGGAGUCCCAGAACUCUGUUGUGGGAGGUGGUGGAGGAUAUGGAAACGGAUAUGCGCCAUCAACAUACGCCCAGUCAACGAUUGCGGCGUCAACUAUCAUGCCUAGCAUGCAGAUACAGCCUGUUCGAAACACGGAGACCACGGUCUGGGUCGAGGGACAUUGUUUCAAUUGGAUCCCCAAGGACAACACCUCAAUCUGUAACAUCUGCAACGACCACGCCGAAGGCGAUGGCAUCUACAAGUGUACUGGCUGCAAGAUCUUUUCUCAUGGUAGAUGUCUGGGCCAUUGCUCGCUUGUCUGCCCUGAAGCCUUCCAUCCAGACCGCAUUCGGGCGGCUUUUGUUCGCUGUCUUGCAAGCCUUUUGUAUACAUACCGCAAGUACCUCGGUCGACCUUCAAAGCAGCAAAAGUCCAAUGGCCAGCUGUAUGCCUUUGAUAUGGACGGUUUUAUCAAGAGUCUACCGCAUGAUCAGCACGAUUAUGCUGCGAUGAUGCGAGAAACACAGUGCUUCAAUGAGUUUAUCCAUGAUCGAGAGAUGCAACCAGCCAAUAACGCUUCGAUCCGAUUGUUCGAUGAAAUCAUCCUGGCUAAGAAGGCCCGAGGCCGUAGUGGCCUAUCCACAGGUCUCUCCCGGUUGUCUACGCUACGCGCCUCUCACGGCGCCUCAACUUAUGGCGGUUAUAACCCUCCGCGCGGCGGUUCUAAUAGCAAGGUCCCCGCUUUCCUCGGUGACACAUCCGACCAUAUCUGGCGGACUGCUUCGGUCCCUUUACCGAAGGGUAACUUUCCAGGAGAGUACCGGACUGUUGUGACACGGACUCCCGCGCGUCUCGAUAGAUCCCUGAUGCGGGAGCCUCGGUCUAUCCAGGGCAUGCCUCGUGUAGAGCCACGGGGUGCGCGUGGUCUCGUUCGAAAGCAGGUUCCCAGUAUGCUUGGCACGACUCCACCUACUUGA